GCAGGACGAUGUACAUCAUAUUGUAGGAUUAACAUGAUUUGGUUGUGGAUUGUCUUUCAGUGUCACACUGUUACAUCAUUUAUACUUAAUGAUAUCCAUAGCUGUCCCCACUAUUCCUCGGUCUCAUCAUUCCUGAGUCAUAUCGGGGUCAACGUUCACACAUCCGGGACCUUUGGAAUCAGUGACCUAGAUGUAACACAUGACCCAAAGAGUUCGUCCUGUACUGUUCUAAAGGCAAAUUACGCAAAGGGAAGUCACUCACAUACACACGACAGACCAAGAGGAGCGCAAUUUUUUGUGACGCCAUCAGGUUUCCCGCAUGGUGCUACUGACGUCACCCUGAGCUAUGACGUAUAUUUUCCGAGUUCUUUUUCGUGGGUCAAAGGGGGAAAGCUCCCUGGAGCUUAUGGACACAGCACACACUGUUCCGGGGGUCGAGAUUCCAACCACUGUAUUUCCACUCGAUUUAUGUGGCGGGCAAACGGGGCGGGGGAACUAUACUUGUACUUUCCAAAAGGGGACCAGCCAAACUUCGAUACUUGGGCCAAACAUCAGCAAGCAGAAAUCGUCACCAACGACAACUACGGGGUCUCUAUCCGUUCAUCGAGGUUUGUUUUCACGCACAACAAGUGGAUCAACCUUAAACAGCAGAUCCACCUCAACUCAGUCCACAGUAGCGGUCACGGAAAUGCUGACGGUUGGAUCAAGGUGUUUGUGAACCACGAGUCGACUCCCAUCAUGACGAUCCAAGACGCUGUUCUACGAAAGUACGAUGACGUCAAAAUUGAUGGAAUUUUCUUUUCAACUUUUUUUGGCGGUCAUGACGACAGCUGGGCGUCUGCGCAUGACACGUACACCCUGUGCAAAAACUUCCAAAUCUCUGUCGGCCAUCAUUAAUCAAAGACGAAUGCACGAAUUUCAAUAUUCAGUUUUUUGUUACAUUAGUGAUCUUUUAUGUUAAAGAUAUAUAAAAUAAAGAGAGAACACCCA